GACGUUCCUGCCAUAGGAAUUUCCAAAACUACGAAUCCCAGAGAACCUCAGUGCGCUCGCUAUUAAUGUCAAUAUGGCCACUGUCAGUCAGACAAAGGCGAAUCAGUCUCGCCACGAAAUGAAAUCAAAUUAGCAGGCUAGAGGAGAACGGAUGGCAUUGUGAAAACCGGCUGGUGCAUGUUCCGUGUCGGGGAUAUAGAAGAGGACUUGUCACGAGGACCAACUAAACACCGGUUUAUUAAAUGCUGUGGAGGACGGGGGACCUAGAUACAAAGAUCAAGGAGUAAGAAUGGGCUUCCAUAAAGUUGUUGCAAACUUCCAAUGCAUUUCAACAAUAUGGCCAGGAAUGGAUUACUUGAGACAGUGUAUCUUCCGCUGCCUGUCAACCGUCAAACCACUGGUGUCGCCUACAUACAAAACCUGGUGGAUUUGUUGUUCAGCAGCAUCUAGGAACCCUCCUACCAUAUCAGGAGCUGUUAAAUACCAGUCCCACUUCAGAGUAAUGGAGGACACUUGAAUCAGGUUGGUCACAUUUGAUUUGGUCAAUGGUCAAAACACGAUCUGUCCUGGAAUUCACCUAACCACCAUUGAUAAUGUAAGCAUUGCUGUGUGUGUAUAUCUAUGUUGUAAGGAGGUGUCCCCUUCAACACUGUGCCAGUGGACUACUCCUGGGCAGAUGAUAUAGGAGCUGGGUUGGAUAUACAGUGCAUUUGGAAUGUAUUCAGACUCCUUCACUCUUUCCACAUUUUGUUACAUCACAGCCUUAUUCUAAAAUUGAUUAAAUAUUUUUUCCCCCUCAUCAAUCUACACACAAACAGGUUUAGACAUUUUUGCAAAUGUAUAAAAUAAAUAAAUAAAUAUCACAUUGACAUAAGUAUUCAGACCCUUUACUCAGUACUUUGUUGAAGUAGCUUUGGCAGCGAUUACAGCCUGGAGUCUUCUUGGGUAUGACGCAACAAGCUUGCACACCUGUAUUUGGGGAGUUUCUCCCAUUCUUCUCUGCAGAUCCUCUCAAGCUCUGUCAGGUUGGAUUGGGAGCGUCGCUGCACAGCUAUUUUCAGGUCUCUAGAGAUAUUCGAUAGGGUUCAAGUCCGGGCUCUGACUGGGCCGCAUUCAGAAACUUGUCCCAAAGCCACUCCUGUGUUGUCUUGGCUGUGUGCUUAGGGUCGUUGUCCUGUUGGUAGGUGAACUUUCUCCCCCAGUCUGAGGUCAUGACUGCUUUGGAGCAGGUUUUAAUUAAGAAUCUCUGUACUUAGCUCCAUUCAUCUUUCCCUCAAGCCUUACUAGUCUCCCAGUCCCCGCCCCUGAAAAACAUCCCCACAGCAUGAUGCUGCCACCAUGAUGCUUCACCGUAGGGAUGGUAUUGGCCAGGUGAUGAGUGGUGCCUGGUUUUCUUCAGAUGUGACGCUUGGCAUUCAGGCCAAAGAGUUCAAUCUUGGUUUCAUCAGACUAGAGAAUCUUGUUUCUCUUGGUCUGAGUCCUUUAGGUGUCUUUUGGAAAACUCCAAGCGGGCUGUCGUGUUCCUUUUUACUGAGGAGUGGCUUCCGUCUGGCCACUCUACCAUAAAGGUCUGAUUGGUGGAGUGCUGCAGAGAUGGCUGUCCUUCUGGAAGGUUCCCCAUCUCCACAGAGGAACUUUUGAGCUCUGUCAGAGUGACCCACGGGUUCUUGGUCAUCUCCCUGACCAAGGCCCUUCUCCCCCGAUUGCUCAGUUUGGCCGGCCAGCUCUAGGAAGAGUCUCGGUGGUUCCACCAAGUGCUCUGACAUCCAUUUUCAACUGUGGGACCUUGUAUAGACAGGUGUCUGCUUUUCCAAAUCAUGUCCAAUCAAUUUAAUUUACUACAGGUGUACUCCAAUCAACCUUGAGAUGUUUCUACAACUUGAUCAAUGGAAACAGGAUGCAUAGUCUCAUAGCAAAGGUUCUGAAUACUUUUUCUUAAUUUUUAUUUUUUUUUAAAUCAAUUUGCAAAGCUUUCUAAAAACUUGUUAGCUUUGUCAUUAUGGGUUAUUGUGUGUAAAUUGAUGACAAUUUUUUUUUAUUUAAUCCAUUUUACAAUAUGGCUGUAACGUAACAAUGUGGAGAAAGUGAAAGGGUCUGAAUACUUUCCGAAGCCGAAGUCGGGCUCCUUCAUGACCAGUAUUUGUGACGAGGGGCCUGGAGCUGUUCUACGCUGCCAUGCCCAUCAGGUGUUGGCAAACACCUCCGAAGGGACAAAAGGGGAUUACUAAUAAGACGAUGGGCAGAAGAGAUGCUUUUGGAAUCCUCUGACUCAAAGACGGGGUGAUACUUCUGUGUGAAUUGGGAGAGACCUUGCACUUAGCAUAAAAAAAGAUGUCUCAGUUCACCGAUGAGCCUCGCUUUACCAUCGAGCAGAUUGACCUGCUCCAACGGCUGAGGAGGACGGGGAUGACCAAGCCAGAGAUCCUCCACGCCCUGGAUACCCUGGACAGACUGGACCGCCAGCACGGACACAAGUUUGGACGCCGCCCCCAGACGCAGCCCCAGCCUGUCGGUCAGGGACCGACGUCCAAUAGCAAUGCUAAUAUGACGUCGUCUUCCUCGUCCAAUAAUGUUGUGGCGUCCUCGUCGACGUCCACGGCCGCCACACAGACUGGUUACCAGGCGAAUGGGAGUGGCGGGAGUGGUCUGUCGCCGUCACCUAGCAACAACUAUGAUAUGUCGCCGCCCCCUCCGGCGGUUGUAUCUGCCCCUGUUGCUUUGGCAGCGGUGGCUCAGAACGGGGUUGGUGGCGGCGGAGAGAUUGUUGCCAUGACGAACGGAAAGCUGUCUCCACCACGGUUUCCUAUCAGUGUUAGUGCGGUUAGUGGUGGCGUGACGGGGAGAGGCUACGGUUUUGAGGCCAGCGAGGAGGAACUAGACGUGGACGACAAAGUGGAGCAGCUCAUGAGAAGGGACAGUGCCAUAAUCAAGGAGGAGAUCAAGGUGUUCCUGGGGAACAGGCGCAUCUCUCAGGCCGUGGUGGCUCAGGUCACAGGUAUCAGUCAGAGUCGUAUCUCCCACUGGCUGCUCCAGCAGGGCUCGGACCUCAGUGAACAGAAGAAGAGGGCCUUCUACCGCUGGUACCAGUUGGAGAAGACCACCCCCGGUGCCACUCUGACGAUGCGGCCUGCCCCCAUGUCUCUGGAGGAUGUGGUUGAGUGGCGGCAGACUCCGCCCCCUAUAAGCUCCACCCCCGGGAGCUUCCGUCUGCGCCGAGGCAGUCGGUUCACCUGGAGGAAAGAAUGUCUGGCUGUGAUGGAGAGUUACUUCAAUGACAACCAGUACCCUGAUGAAGCUAAAAGAGAGGAGAUCGCUAACGCCUGCAACGCUGUCAUCCAGAAACCAGGGAAGAAGCUGUCUGAUCUGGAGAAAGUCACGUCUCUGAAGGUCUACAACUGGUUUGCCAACCGCCGCAAGGAGAUCAAGAGACGCGCCAACAUAGAAGAAGCAGCAAUCCUGGAGAGUCAUGGGAUCGACGUCCAGAGUCCUGGAGGACACUCCAACGGCGAUGACAUUGAGGGGAAUGACUUCCCUGACCAGGGCUGUGAAGUCCCUCUGUUUGAGAAGAGAGCUGUUACCAGACCCUUCAGUCGACUAGAUCUGUCCUCUCCCACACAGGUGCCCACCCUGCUGCCCAGCUGGCUGGCGGCUUGGCCCGGCUCGGGCAGGGGGGGCUUGGCUGCCCAGAGGGCUAGCUCUCUGAUUGGCCGCUCCUUGCUCUCUGGGUGGGGUCUCGCUCAGGGGGCGGGGAUGGAAGGUUCCAGACUGACAGGUGUGUCCUGGUCUCCCCCCUCCCCCCAGGAUGAUGACUCCACCAAUCACAGCAAUGCCCUGGAGCACCAGGAUCCCAUCGCCCUUGCUGUGGAGAUGGCGGCCGUCAAUCACAGCAUCCUCGCCCUGGCAACGCAGGCGGGGGGAGGAUUGGCCCUGGGCGGGACAGGAAGUGACAUCAAAACAGAGGUGCUGGACGACUAGGGAUGAGAGAGACACAUGUAAUUCUGCAUUCAGAAUCAAAUGGGAAGGUGGUAAUUACCAGUUGUGAAGUCGCAAAAACGUGUUUGGAUGCAUUCACGCGCUUUGAACUCGUUGAGAAACGUACAGCUAUAAUGCUUGUAAACAAAUUAGUGUUCAAAAAACAUUAAUAUAACUAUAAAAAGCAAUGUUUUGUUGUUGCAUUUAACUGCCAAAAAUGCUGUUAUCGAAGUCAUUUCCUUAGGUGACGUCAGAGUUCAGGAAUGAUAGACAGGUUUCCCAUUAGCAGCUACCAGUCAGUCGUAUGUGGUAAAUACCACAUUCCCACUUGGUUAUGAACGCAGCAUAUGAUUGUGUGCGCGCGCGAGCGUGCGUGCGUGCACGUGAGGAUGAGGCUAUAGUAGAGUAGGAAAAAUAUUUGUUGGGAGCAAGUAGAGCUUGUUGGAACAUUAUACUGUAAAUGAUGAACAAAAGUAAUGCAUAGGCUUAGAGACUGUCAAAGCUAAGGUAACAGGCCUCCCCUUACCUCUACCACCCCAUUUCCUAACCCCUUUAGACUGUUCUAGAGGUAUUGUGUUGGGAGGCCUGGCCCUAAAGUUGUCUAUGAAACAGUCAUACAGUGUAUGUACAGUGUGUGAGGUAUAUUAUGCUCUUGUCUGUGUGAGUCUAAAGAAUCAGAAUAGGUUAUUAUGUAACCCUGGACACCUCCCUCUAAGCAUAGAGGACUCCUGCCUUGGCACCUUCUCCCCCAACGUGCGCAGUAUGCUAUUUGAUUCCUUGACUCCUCGCUCACUCAGUCUUUCUUCUCCACCUCACCCAGACAUAUUCUCUUUCUAUGUAUAGUCUUCUCUUUGGCUUUGCCUCUUACACUGUCUGUUCGCCCCUCCCUUUCCCCUCUCAUCUGUCUGCCCCUUUUCAUUUGUCUCCAUCGUCGCAGUAUAAGGGAGAGAGAGGUGAGGGUUCUCAACAGGCCUCUGUAAUCCCUAAAAUGUAUAAAUAUAUCCCCUUGUUGUAGCACUACCUAAGCUGGGUAGGUUUUUAAAGCAAGUGAAAAUCCGACAUUCAUUAUAUUAUUGCUUGAGAGAGAGAGGACUCGUGCAAGCUAGUGAAAGGGGCCAUACGUGGUUGUUAUGGGGGUAUCUAUAAGCAUAUUGAAGCUGUACCCAAACCAUUUGUUUUUAGCUUUUAACCGUAGCUUAGUCUGUUCCCUUAAAUUAAGGUGUCAUAAUCAUGUUCCCCAGUUGAGAGAGAAUGCGUUACUACACUGUUCAAAAAAUAAAGGGAACACUUAAACAACACAUUGUAACUCCAAGUCAAUCACACUUCUGUGAAAUCAAACUGUCCACUUAGGAAGCAACACUGAUUGACAAUACAUUUCACAUGCUGUUGUGCAAAUGGAAUAGACAACAGGUGGAAAUUAUAGGCAAUUAGCAAGACACCCCCAAUAAAGGAGUGGUUCUGCAGGUGAUAACCACAGACCACUUCUCUAUGCUUCCUGGCUGAUGUUUUGGUCACUUUUGAAUGCUGGCGGUGCUUUCACUCUAGUGGUAGCAUGAGACGGAGUCUACAACUCACACAAGUGGCUCAGGUAGUGCAGCUCAUCCAGGAUGGUACAUCAAUGCGAGCUGUGGCAAGAAGGUUUGCUGUGUCUGUUAGCGUAGUGUCCAGAGCAUGGAGGUGCUACCAGGAGACAGGCCAGUACAUCAGGAGACGUGGAGGAGGCCGUAGGAGGGCAACAACCCAGCAGCAGGACCGCUACCUCCGCCUUUGUGCAAGGAGGAGCACUGCCAGAGCCCUGCAAAAUGACCUCCAGCAGGCCACAAAUGUGCAUGUGUC